GCCCCCAAGGGGGCCCUCAGUGUUCCUUCCCCAGCCCUUCUGUCCCCCCCGCCGAAGCAAGCUGCUGCCCCUCCAAAGCCGGAGCCUCUGAAGCAGCAAAAAGAGGACUCUGCUCCUUCUCCCCCCAAGCUGGUUUACCCCACGCUGGCGAAGACUGAUGAGCAGCUCGCGAAGGAGGUGCGGUGGGGGCCCCACCACUUCAUCUUUCGGGGGGCCCCCUUUGUGGCCUACGAGGAAAUCGGGCGGCUGGCGGACGAAAGCGAGGCGCUGAGGGAUAAGGCUUUGCAGCUGGAGUUGGAGUUGAAGAAAGAGGCGGAGGAGCACCAGACACUGAUUCGGAAAAUGGCGGAGAUGCAGCAGAGGAAGCUGCAGGAGGCGUCGGGAAUGGCCAUCAAAUUCGGCAGAGGCAUUGCCAAAAUCGAGAGCAUUGUGUGUCGCUGGCGGCUGCGGCAGCUGGGGAGUUCUUUGAUGCAGCUGCUGGCCGCGUGCGGGCGCACAAAGAUGGAGGAGGAGCUCGCCAAGACUCGCCAAGAAGCCUCGCAAAAGGCCGGCCUUUUGAAUUCAAAAAACAAAGAAAAGGCGGCGCGGCUGAUGCUCUUCUUGCUCUCCAGCAUAUGCCGCAGAAGGCUCUCAGAGGCGCUCGCCCGCCUCAUGGUCUUCACCUCUAGUGGCUCAGACACAGAGGGUCUUUUGUUUCCCGGGAUCAUCGAGGACUUAUCUGACCAGCGAACUCGCGUGGCCCUCGCGGCCAUUGCCCAGGCCAAGCAAGAUGCAGCUGUGGUGCGGAAUAUUGUGGGGGUGGAGGCUGCGCGUUUGGAGGCCGAGAGGACUUACUUGAGUCGCUGGCGAAGCCAGCUUGUGCAGAUAACAGAGGAAAUAGACAAAGAGGCUGUCCAGACAAUACUGGAGGAGGUGGCCAAGGGCGCCACAGCCCGCAAGGCAAAGCCAAAGCCGAAGCCUGUUCCCCUUGUGAGGGUGAAUUCCGAACCCAAGUAG